CUUUAAGGUAUUUCGUUUUACGUUUGCCAUUCGUUUUGCGUAGUAGAAGUGUUGCAGCAAGCGAACCUGAAGUCACUACGCACCGAGGAACGUUGUUCUAGUGCUUGAAUUCGUCAAAAUGGCUAGAAUGGACGGUCUGACCGCAGCCAGUAUUAAAAAAAAUCCGUCGCUAAUUCCAUUGUUCUUUGCCGUCGGAAUGGGAGCACUCGGUGCAACACUUUAUUUAAUGCGUCUUGCCUUUACUAAUCCCGAUGUUGCGUGGUUCCCGAAACACAAUGCCGAACCGUGGAACGAUUACAAACAGAAGCAGUACAAGUUUAUGUCUUAUCAUUAUAACAAAGACACAAAAUCUCCAGCCCCCGAGUACUAAAUUAUAUACUUUAUAGUCUCUAGUAUUACUUUUAGCCAGUUAAGUCGAAUAGAAUUGCUUCGAUGUUCUGUACAGAUUAUAUUUAUAUUUUGCGAGCAUACACGAUUGUUAUGUAUAAAGUUUGAUUGAGACAUGGAUGAUAAAUAAAACUUUUAACCUGUAAA